AUUAGUUUAUGAAUCAUGGCCCAAUCUCUGUUAUUCACAGUGAAGAGGCAUGCCCCUGAAUUUGUAAAGCCAUCAAAACCAACGCCUCAUGAAAUAAAACUACUCUCAGACAUAGAUGACCAAGAUGGAUUACGUUUUCAAAUUCCAGUGAUACAAUUUUACAAAUAUGAUCCAAAUAUGAAAGGGAAAGACCCUGUUGAUGUUAUUAGAAAAGCACUUUCAAAAACACUUGUGUUUUAUUAUCCAUUUGCAGGUAGAUUGAGGGAAGGUCCUGGUAGGAAACUUAUGGUUGAUUGUAAUGAUGAAGGUGUUUUGUUCAUUGAAGCUGAUGCUGAUGUUAGACUUGAAGAAUUUGGUGAUGCUCUUCAACCUCCUUUUCCUUGUUUGAAUGAACUUCUUUUUGAUGUCCCUGGUUCUUCAGAAGUGCUUAAUACUCCAUUGCUGCUUAUUCAGGUAACACGCCUUAAGUGUGAUGGUUUCAUUUUUGCUCUUCGUCUAAAUCACACAAUGAGUGAUGCCUCAGGUAUAUUUCAAUUCAUGAGUGCCUUAGGUGAAAUAUCUCGGGGAAAUAGCGAACCUUCAAUCUCACCAGUGUGGUGCAGAGAACUUCUUAAUGCAAGGGACCCACCAAGAAUGACAUGUACUCAUCGCGAAUAUGAACAAGUACCAUAUGACAAUGAUACAAUCUUUCCCUUAAACGACGUGGUCCACCGCACAUUCUUCUUUGGUCCAACCGAGGUAGCUGUAAUUCGUUCUCUCCUUCCAACUCACCAACUAAAACAAUACUCCAAUUUUGAAAUCAUCACCGCAUACUUUUGGCGUUGUCGUAUAAUAGCAUUACAAUUAGAUUAUGACAAAGAAAUACGCAUAAUCUGCAUAGUCAAUGCACGUAGCAAAUUUGUUAACCUACCGUUACCAAAAGGUUACUAUGGUAACGCUUUAGCGUAUGCCACUGCAGUUACAACUCCAAGAAAACUAAUUGAAAAUACGUUGGAUUAUGCACUGAAUUUAGUUAAGAAAGCAAAAGCUAAUGUCACCCGAGAGUAUAUGCAUUCAGUAGCCGAUUUAAUGGUUAUUAAGGGUCGACCUCACUUUACUUUGGCGAGAUCGCAUAUCGUUGUUGAUGUGACACGAGCUAGAUUUGGAGAGGUUAAUUUCGGUUGGGGGAAAGCUGUUUAUGGAGGACAAGCUAGAGGAGGAGGAGAUGGUGAUAUUCCUGGUCUUGUUAGCUAUCAUAUACCUUUUAAGAAUGCGAAAGGAGAAGAAGGUGUGGUUAUACCAUCUUUUUUUCCAACUCAAAUCAUGGAGCGGUUGGUCAAAGAGAUGGAGAGUGUGCUUAAGAGCAACACUAAUCAACCCACUAAGGGUGAUCAUGGUAUCAUUAUUUCUUCGUUAUAGUCCAUCUGUCUCAA